AUGAAUGAUCGGUUUAUUGUCACGCAAACGGCACGGGAUAGUAUUUUUCGUGCUACUAUUUGCAAGGAAAACAAAGCCAGAAGAGACUUUUGCAAAAAUUACGGAUUUUUACUUGGACCACCUUCACUGAUUAUCAAGGAUAGGAUCCCCGAACUUAUAGAUAAAUCUCGGCCGAAGGUGGAAGAUAUAAUGCCUCAAAAGUCGAAACUUAAGGCAUGUUUUCCUUUGCUUUUAAUUUUGAUGGGUACACUAGCAGAAACUAUCGAAAUAUUUGUGCGAAAUAAAAGCGAAAAAAUUGUUCAAAAAUAUCAAACUAUUGUAGAAGCGGUAUUUACUGAAUUCUAUAGCAGCCGAUUAAUGUUAGGCGCAACAUUUAAGAAUAACAAUGAAACUAUUACAAAUUACGAUAAAACUGUUCAGCUGAUCCUCAGUGAAUAUUUACAGGAAAAUAUCAGAUUCUAUUGCAAAAUGAGCAAAUCAAAGAAAAUUAUAUGUUUAUUCAAAAUUUUUAUGAGAUGGAUGUCAGUGAGUGCACCAAUUUCUCAAAAAAAUGUCACAUUUGGACAAGACGCGGAGGAGCAUUUAAAUCAUCGCGCUUUUUUACGAGAUAACAAAAUGGAUGUGGUGAAGUCUCUGGGAGAUAACAUAACAGUAAACAUUAAGAUUACUUGUACUUUAGGUAGAAAACCAGAUGGUGCUUUUGAUAAGCACUCUGAAACUGUUCAUGCAAAUUUGAAUAAAGUGUGGAACAAAACUUUUGUUCUAAUAAAGCGCCAUGCUAAUUUGGAAUAUUAUGAACAAAGGUUAAUUAAUUUGGACGAGCGUUCAAGAUAUGUUGCAAAUGAUGCAGCGCAUACUGCAGGGAACAGGCUCUACAAGUUUCGACAUGUCAUUGCAAGAAGCGAUACCAAUAAUCGCCAAAGAAUUCGGUCGGUUGAGGGGCUUUACUACACGAAUAGUUUAUUUGUCCCUCAGAAGAUGGCUUUUAAUCAACACUAUACUACUCCUAAAGCUGGCACAAUUCAAAUAUAA